AUGGCUAGGCGCUCCUUGCAGCCAUUUAUUUUUAGACCUUCUGUCUUCCGCAAGCCCCGCACCGUUUUUCAUACUGCAGGGACUGAGCUGCCCUUGGAAGUUCCCAUUGAAGAAGAGGUUGCUCCUGGAUAUGAUGCCAAGUUCUAUUUUCCUGUUGAGCCUGGGUACAUGUUCAAUCAAAGGUUUGAAGCAUUGACAAAGCUUGGCUGGGGCAGUUGUUCUACUGUAUGGCUUGUUCGAGACGUUCGACGCUGGCGCUGCCAAUCCGAACGCUAUUUGACCGUGAAGGUUGGAAAUUGUGAUUACCAAGACACAAAUGCAGCUUCGCAUGAGGCUCAGAUUGAAAGUCAUAUCGCACAUGCAAACUCCUACCACGAUGGUCGUAACUAUAUCAGGACUUUCGUCGAAUACUUUGAAGAAAGGGGCCCGAAUGGUACACAUAUAUGCUUAGGGUAUGAACCGAUGCGAGAGCCACUAUGGCUAUUUCAAAGUCGCUGCCGGGAUCAGAGGCUCCCUUUGGGGCUUUUGAAGGGUUAUAUGAAACUGCUUCUGAAAGGCUUGGACUACUUGCACAGCGAAUGCAACAUCAUACAUACAGAUCUGAAGUUGGACAACAUCCUAGUCGGAUUUGAGGAUCCUUCGGUCCUGCAAGAUUUUGCGCGUGCACAGCCAUUCAACCCAAUGCCCCGGAAAAUCAAAGAUAGUCAUAAUGUUUAUGUCUCUCAUAACGACUUCGGAGGGUUGAGGUCGUAUUAUAUUCUUCCAAAAAUCACGGAUUUUGGGCUAGCACACCACCACAAAGAUACAUCAGUCAUGAAUAGGCAUCCAAUCCAGCCAGAUGAUCUCAGGGCCCCCGAGGUCAUAUUGGGCGCUGGGUGGACGUACAGCGCUGACAUCUGGAAUCUGGGUGUUCUGAUGUGGAACUUGCUUGAACGACGAGAUUUAUUCUCCAGGACUGCUGAUACCCAAGGCAAAUACAACCCCGCAAAACAUCUAGCGGAAAUGAUUGCAUUGCUUGGUCCACCGCCAAAAGAACUUAUACUUCUAGAAAGGGAGGGCCUUAGAUGGAACUGGGCUCCAGCUGCCCAGAACGCCGAGGGAAAAAUGUGUACAACUGCAUCGGAGUGGUUCGGGGGGCCCUUCUUUGAUGAGAAUGGCGAAUUCUUACAUGGGGACUUGAUUCCCCACAACCUCAAAAUUGAAGAUACAGUUGACACACUUGAAGGAGAGCAGAAAAGCCAGUUCCUAUCGUUUGCCAAGAAGAUGCUCCGGUGGCUUCCAGCUGAUAGGAAAACUGCCAAGGAGCUCAUCGAAGAUCCAUGGCUCAGUGAUGACUCAAUAAAAGAUUCUUGA